CUUUCUUCGAAUGCCUGUACAUGAUCCAAGCUCAUACAUACAAACGCUUUGUGAUCAAGGCAGAUGAUCUUCUAAAAUUUAAUUCUGGCGACACACCGCAGAUUUAUUACUGAGUAUGGGUGGAUGAACCUGUGGCUAUGUCUAGGGUUCUGCUUACCACAGCGUUCCUAGUGCGACGGCGCUGAUUACCGCGAAUACCAUAAAUUGUAGCACCUUUGAAUGCGAGGUGAUAAUCCAGGUGGUAAGAUGGUCGCAACAUGAUGGAAAUCCAACUCGAGAUAGAGACAAUCAACAAAACUUAAGGUAUAGAAUUGAAAAUGCACUUCACGCCUCUUCUGACAUAGUAAAUAGUCAUGAUGUAUAAAUACCAUCCAUUUCCAGCUGCACUAACGCUUAUUUUCUAUUUCCUUGUGCUCUGGUGAAGAUGGCUGCUCACUCUCGAAGAGGGCAUGCAAGGCCUAUACUGUCUGGUUUGAGGUGAGCAUGCGAUACGAUGGCGUCGGCACGCUUAUGCAGCAGCUGAAUAUCCACAAUACUCCGGCUAUUCAAAAAGCUGCCAGAGCGUCGCUGCCGGCGGGUCGCUGCCUCAGACGGAAUACGCAGUACACGCCGCCAACCAAGGGUUUUGUAUCAACGCUGCCCGUUUCAUGGGUUCCAUAUGCCCAAUUGAUGCGCAUUGAGCGUCCCGCGGGGCUCUACGCCUUCUACGUUCCGUACAUCCUCGGUCUUGCUUUCGCAGCCUGCCUGAGCAAGGAAACCAUUCAGCCAAGCAUUCUCCUCAAACACAGCGGUCUAUUACUCGUCGGCUGCGUGAUUCUUCGCGGAGCCUCCUGCACAUGGAACGAUAAUAUGGACCAGGAGUACGACAGAGCCGUAGCCCGCUGCCGUAACCGACCGAUUGCUCGGCGUGCCGUCUCAACUGCUCAAGGUCACAUAUUCACUCUGGCUCUCUACCUCGCAGGAGCUGGCCUCGUCUCCAUCUGGCCAAAAGAAUGCGCCUACGAUGCGAUUGUGAUUGCAAUUCUUUUCACCAUUUAUCCUUUCGGAAAGCGCUUCACAAACUACCCUCAAUUCAUUCUCGGCUUUCCAUUCGCGGCUGGAAUAGUCUUCUCGUGCCAUCUUGUUGGAGUCGAUCCUUUCGCGGGUGGCGUGAUGGGUCUCUCAACCGCUUUUUUAAUGGCCGCCAACGUUUCCUGGACAAUGAUCUACGACACUAUCUAUGCCCAUCAAGAUCUCAAAGACGACUUGAAAGCGGGCGUCAAGUCCAUGGCGGUGCGGUUCAAGGAUAGCACAAAGACUUUGACAUCCGUUUUAGCAAUUCUCCAGGUUCUCCUCCUGGUCAAAGUUGGAGCUGAUCUCGAGCUAUCUUCGCUCUACUACAUAAUUACAUGCGCGGGCACUGCUGUGGCGCUGGCAGCCAUGAUUAGCUUGGUCGACUUGGAGGUACCGGCCAGCUGUGCUUGGUGGUUUAAGAUGGAUUUUUGGUUUGCUGGAGGGACCAUGAUAGGUGGAUUUCUGGCGCAGUAUCUGCAGCGAGUCUUCCUGUAG